AUGCGCUACCCGAAAGACCUUCAGUGGUGGCCUAUCGAAAUCCUGCGGGCCUUGGGUGACCUCGCCGACGAAAUGCCAGGUAUCGAAAACGGGAACGACGUCUACGAUCUACUGGUAGAGAGCAAAAUGAAGAGGAUAAAGGACAGCUCGUCAGCAGAGAUACAGCUGAGCGACAUAUCAUAUGUUCGAGAUCGGAGAUACAACAAGGGAAAGCAUAAGAUGCCUGACACACAUGCGGACGAUGAAGAAGCAGGCUCCAACGGGCUUGCAACUGAUGGUGACGAGGUAGUCGAUCCGGUUGAUGACACAGACGACGCAGACGACGCCAUCAAGCCCGGGAAGACCUCUGCAGCAACUGCCUCACUAAACACAACCGACGCGAUCGCCAAUCAGCAAGAUGACGACCCCGCUGCCCUUCCAGCUGCCAUACUUCCCACGGAUAGCCAAAAAGACAAGUACAGAAAGUGGAACCUCUGGAUCAACCACUACUGGCAAGUACAAGACUGCAGGGAUCUUAUCCCAGUUAACAUGCUCCAAAGACAUAACAAGAUACCAAUUCGAAGUCGGGAGUUGAAAAGCUAUGGAACUAAUGGAAACGGUGAGGUCUUGCAGCUGCUCUACGAGCUAGCCAAGAUAACUCGAAUGCAACGGAAAGAUGAUGCGUGGAAGAUUAUCAAGGGACACUGUGCCGACAGACCGAUGCGUAAAGAUGGCUACAAGGCGCUUUCGAUUAGCGAUGUUAAGUUUGCUCUUGAUUACUUCAGGGAUUUGGCGCAGGAUGAAGGGGAGCCGUCUGACUCUGCUCAUGGAGUGGCUUCUGCAGGGGCGUCGAACGACACUGAUACUCAAGGUCAAGAAGAGAUUGAGGAGGAAGCUUCUUUGGCUGGAGACGAGAAUCAGGAAAUGUAG